AAUACGCUCGCAGAACGCGGCGGUGCCUCGUGCGCGACAGCUCCGGCUGAGCUUUCAGUCGGGCGUACGAAAGCGUCGAAAGCUCAUGAAAGCUCGUUUCGCUCGCGCGCGUCUUGCCGCGUUGCACCGGAUCGUCGUCAAGAGGCUAUAGGGUGGUGGACUUGACAGCAAGCGGCAAAAUGGCGACCGCGAUACGAAACAAAUGACUUUUCACCAAAAGUUGAUUGUGCAAGCCCCGCGUGAUACGCCUAAGAGUACAGAUAUACAUAUACAUUCGGAUCAGGUUUGAGCGGAAAGAUUCGAUGAAACUGGUUGGGAUGAAAACGUUGUUCAUGAUUGGAAGGCUCGUUCGAUUGUCAUCAAUGCUCUAUCUUUUCUCGUAGAGAAGCAAUUGUCGAGAUUAGAGGUAAAGAAAGUGGAUGAUUGAAUCGAAAUCGACGAAUAUGAUCAACGUGGAGAAAUUCGUUCGAUGACUAUUUGGCCGCGUGAAGUUGAGUUAGCUUGAAUUUCCGAUCAUCGAUCCAGGUGAUCGAUUAGCGUGAUGAAUAUCGAUAAAGUGGAGGACUAAUGAUAUUAAAAGGUGGCGUGUGGUACGCUGCUUCUUAGCUAUAGAGUGACGAUCGCGUCGGUUUUAGCCGGCUUCGAUGGCUUGACGAACCUUCGCAACAGUCAACGCGAUCCAUUUAUGCGAUCAUGCAUUUGUACUUCGAAAAGAAUAACAAUGCCAAGUGCGACUGCAACAUCUUGUCGCUUAGCUGGAUGGGCAAGGUGCCGGACGAGUCGCCGGAGGACGAAGGAUGGAAACUGGACCGUACGAAUUACUAUCAAGAAGGGUGGCUGGCCACUGGGAAUGCCCGAGGCCUGGUGGGGGUGACUUUUACCACGUCUCAUUGCCGAACGAGAGCCACGGAGCUUCCGCUAAGGGCGAAUUACAAUCUUCGAGGACACCGUAGCGAGGUGAUAUUGGUGAAGUGGAACGAGCCGUACCAGAAAUUGGCAUCGUGCGACAGUUCAGGCGUUAUCUUCGUUUGGAUCAAAUACGAGGGAAGAUGGAGCAUAGAGUUGAUCAACGACAGAAGUACGCCCGUCACGCAUUUCUCGUGGUCCCACGAUGGCCGAAUGGCUCUCAUAUGUUACAGGGAUGGUUUCGUAUUGGUUGGCAGCGUCGCUGGCCAAAGGUAUUGGUCAUCGAUGCUAAACGACAAAGCUACCAUUACUUGCGGUAUUUGGACGCCGGACGAUCAGCAGGUUUACUUUGGAACAACGGCUGGACAAUUAAUAGUGAUGGACGUUCACGGGGCGAUGGUGUCCGAGGUGCAAUUGGCGGCCGGUGUCACUUCGAUGGCGUGGAGCGCUGAAAAGUUCACCAUGGAAGAGGGGGAUGACGAUCUAACGAACGACAGAUCUCAUAAAGACGAUCGAAAUUACGUGCUAGCCGUUUGCCUUGCCGAUGGGAAUAUAGUUAUGCUGCGUUCGUUCGACGACGUCUCGCCAAUCACGGUACGCACGAAUCUGAAGGCUCCCCUACACGCGGAGUGGAGCAAUUCGAGGAAGUUGCUGGCCAUAGCGGGGACCAAGGAUUCGGACAACGGCCAAGGCAGCCCUCACGAGUACGCCAACCUUUUAAAAUUUUACUCGGUCACCGGUACGCUCGUCUACACCGCUGCGAUACCGUACACGCAAUGUCCAGUGUCGGCGCUCACGUGGGGUCACAACGACAGACGACUUUUUGUGGCGACCGGUGCACGCGUCCACGCCGCAUGGGUGUCGAGACGGGUAGGUUCGCUCCAAUUGUUGUCCCGUUUAGCUGUGAGGGCAUCUUUGACGAGGGAAUCGAGCGUUCAGCAACUUCCAUUGCCGCCGAGAUUAAGAGCGUCGGUUGCAGCCCUCUUCGCCAGUACAAUAAGAUGUUCCGUGCCAGAACCAAGGGAGCUGAGACGUUUCGUGUCUCGUCCACCCCCUGGCGGAGGAAGACUGCACUGCACGAUGCUGAGACACGCCGUGGAACCGGUACCGUGUUACACGUUGUAUCUCGAGUAUCUAGGUGGUCUGGUGCCUCUUCUGAAGGGGAGACGGACGAGCAAAAUCAGGCCAGAAUUUGUGAUAUUCGAUCCACAAAGUCAGGACACCCUUCAAGUGGUGGAGGAUACGUCGCAGUGUCCCUCGUUCAGCGAUGGAUCCGACACGGAAAGGGACACGGCCGACCUGUGCGGCUCCCCGAGAAACAAAAGGAAAAACCGAAGGAAAAGGGAAGAGAAAACGAACGACGAAUCCGACGAUCUCACUUACGUGGACACGUUACCCGAGCACGCGAGAUUGGUCGAAGUAACGUCUAAUAUCUGGGGCACGAAAUUCAAGUUUCACGGGCUGGCUGAUUCGGUGCCCGCCAACUUGGGUCAGGUUACUUAUCGAACAUCGUUGUUGCAUUUGCAACCGCGACAAAUGACUCUGGUGAUGACGGAAUUACGGGAUGACGUGCCUGCAGGUCCGGAUCCUACCUUCAAUCCCAACCUCUUCUCCGAGGACGAGGAGGAAUCGUUCCAGGAAUUUCAAGCCGCGUCGAGGACGACGUCCGAGGCGCAGCCGCCUCCCAUAGCGCCUAUGACGCCCCGUAACGCGCGGCUCAACUCGAAUCGUCCAAAAUCUCAGAUUUCCAAUCAAUUCAUGCCCGCCGAACCGCCUUUGCCCGCCACUCUGUCCAGGGUCGAGAACUUCGAGAACGAGUUGGCCUACGUGGAUCUGCAAGAAUUCGAGAAUCUGAGAAGCGGGGACGGUUUGAGAGGCGGGAACGCUUACAGAACGCCGCCCAGGCACAAUCCGCCGAGGUGUUGCGACGUGCCUGCGCUUCAGUCGCCGAAAAACGCGGUCGCGCCCACGCAAACCAUCAUAGCGACGUCGAACACGGGGACCGAUUACUCGAACAACAUUCAGAGGAUGAAAACGGCGCUCGCCGAUCAACCGGGCCUCGUCACGAAGAAAGAGCACGAGAACAACAAGUUGAAUCAGAUUUCGUCUCAGGACGACAAAGCGGUUCUCGCGGCGGCGGCCAUUAUUCCGAUGCACAAUGGGCAAGCGUCGAGCACGGAGGCGUCGUCGAGCAGUCGUGAUCGAUGCUCUCAGGGAUCAAUCGUGAACGAUUUGACCAGUAACGGGCCUCAGUCGCAGAUAUUUCUCAACGGUAUGCACGGUACGCCCUGUUCGAGCAACGGGAUCCAGGGUAAAAAUAAUCACAACGUGAACAACAACUCGAGCAUCGGCCAACCGUCCUCUAACAACGGCCCGUUCGGUAAAAAUGGCAUCCACUUGUCCAGCAAUCAUUCGCCGGCCUGUUCUUAUCAGUUUCCAGAGAACAUCGAUCAAUGUAUCGAUAGGCAAACCUGUGCCUACUGCAGCACGAAGCUCAAAGAUCCAAAAUCGCACGAGCAAUGCGGUAAAGCGAGCAACACUUGUCAACAAUCGACCAGCUCCUGCGUCACGACUGUGAGCCGAGUCGACGAGAUGCGUUUCAUAGACGAGGAGUCCCGCGGAGAGGUGGAAUCUUUCGACCAAUCGCGAGGCGUCCACCGAACGCAGACGGUGGUCAGUAUCGGCCCACUUUGCGUGAACGACUCUAUAGUUCGAAGUUGCAGUGUCGGUUAUUUAGACAUGGUGGACGCGCAAUUGGUUCCGUGCAAUGUCGCUUUGAAGAUGCUCAGGAAGGAGGCGCCUAACAAAAGAUUGGUCCUGGUUUCGAGGAAGACGAAGAGGAGAAAAAAGAACAAGGCACAGCAAGAGAUCGGACAGCAAACGUCCAAGUCGCCCAGGCUUCGUAACUGCGGCAAAUCUAAGAGUUUGGACUCGAGUGACAUAUUUCCAGCUAACGAGCAAAUAGCCUUGCCACCCAAGCUGCCCGAACACGCUGAGGAAGCGGCUGGUGCGGUGAAUCUCGAGACUGUCGAGGACAAAAGUAACGAGUCUUUGGAGAAAUCGGCAGACGCGGCAGAGAUUCUCGACGAAUCCGCUAAGCUUGUUACAGGUUCCGUUGUGGUUAUGUCUGCCGAGGUUAAGCCAAAUCGAUUGAAAAGUUGUAAUUCGCCCGUUAGAGGAUCUAGCCCGAGUGGCUCAUUAGCGUCCUCUCUGGACGGUCUUGCGGCUCGGCUUCGAGAUUUCGACGAAAGUCAUUCCUUGCCGCCACCGUCGCCUCGUCCAUCCACCAGAUUACCUAGAAGUUCUCCCAGUAGUCCGGCCCCAUCGAAAAAAGGUAAAAGGCCAGCAUCUGCCUCGCCGAUUAGAAGAAGACUUUUAUCGAGUCCUUUGUUAAGUAGAAAACCGCGAAAAAGUCGAGGCGAAAGUUCAGACGAGGAAGGACUCUUGCAAGAUGACUCGUCGACCAAUUACAGAGAUCUCGAAACGUUUCAGAAAGCACAGUUGCGACAGAAGUUGAAACAGAAAGGAGGAGGGAUAUCUGGCCAUAAAUCAGAAGCAGUGAGGCGAGAGCUUGUGAUGCAUAAUAAAGCACCAAUGUGGAAUGAGUCCAGUCAAGUGUAUCAGCUUGACUUUGGUGGAAGAGUGACACAGGAAAGCGCUAAAAACUUUCAAAUAGAAUUUAAAGGAAGGCAGGUAAUGCAAUUCGGAAGGAUAGAUGGAAACGCCUACACGUUGGAUUUCCAAUAUCCCUUUAGCGCUUUGCAGGCAUUUGCCGUUGCCUUGGCCAAUGUUACACAACGGCUCAAGUAAUAAUCGUUAGUCUUCGAUAAUUCGUUUGGUACAAGAACAUUUAUGUGAAAUUGAGAAAAACGAGGAAUGUUACCCAGAAUCGUAAUCUUGUAAUUAUAUAAAUUAUUCGUCCAAAUUAAAAUAAAAGAAGAGAUGAAAAAUAGAAGGCUAAAUCUAUAAUAAUAAUAAUAAUAAUAAUAAUACGCUACACAUAUAGUGAAGGAGAAGAACGAAAAAUACUUUUAAAUACAGCUUUCGAACAAAAAUAGAGCCACAUGUCUUUCUAUUAUUAAUACUAUCGACGGGCUAGAAUUAAAUCAUUAAAUAAAACGAACAAGCGUUCAGCCAGCCUCGAUACAGAGAUCAAAGUUGAAGAAAGCACAGUGGUCUUGCACAGUGGCGAAUAAAAAUAUAUGAAAAGAAACAAAAAAGAAGAAAAGAAAAGAAGAAGAAAUGAAAAAAGGAAAAAAUGGAGAUCUUAGCCUCUCAAUCAAUGCCUUCAAACUGUAAUGUAACACGAUACGUCAGUUCGCAAGGAUCAGUUUUUAGCGAGCGAAUAUAGUUGAGAGCGAUUUGAAUUUGAGCGGAAUACAAUGAUUUUGUGGCAAGGAAUCGUGGUAAAAAAGAAAAAAGAAAAAAGAAAAAAAGAAAAAAAAAAGAUUUUGUUGAAAUGCUUCUUCGUCGUACCGUCCAAAAUAUUUCGUUUCUCCCAACUUCGAGCGCUCAUUUUUGUAUAGUUUAUGCGACACGUUGAAGUCUAAUAAUGCUGUUGAAAGUUCACCUCGUUCAUUUUUGCGGUCCGCCGAGUGUAUUCGAAUUUUAUAUACAUAUAUAUUGACGGACUCGCAUAAUCGCGCGAGCGUUUCAUGUUGUUCGAUUAAAUGUUUCUUAAGGCAUAUUGCAAAAUGGAGGAAAAAAAAAAAAAAAAAGAAAAAAAAAGGAAGAAAAAAAUGAAGAAAUGAAGAAUAACGAUAACGCUAAAUGAUAUAACGUCCGGCCUGUGUUCGUCCUCGUCGAAGCAGGACAGACGAAGGAGGCAAAAUGAAUAAAAAAAAAUAGGAUUAAAUAAAAGAAUGUAACCAAAUGGUGCAAAAAAGGAAAAAUAUUUGCCUGUAUGCUAGUGUGUGUACGCAUCAAACUAACUGUCGUCUGUACUUAAUCCAUGGUCGUUGUAUUUCAUUCGCCUAAUUGUAAGUAACGUGAACAAGAAGAAAAGAGAAGAAAGAGAAAAAUAUCGAUUUCAGGCCUACACAAGAAGCGCUUAAGGGAUAUAGUUAUUUUUUUCGUCGAGUCGUCAAAUUUUGAGAGAGUGGGGCGCCUGAAACGAUCGCAAACGAGGUCAAACUAUGUAAGAAUGCGAUUAUAAAACUUUUGUUGUCUACCUAUACAUAGAAAGACCAAGUUUAAAAGUGUAUUUAUUAAAAUAUGACACGAAUUGCAAUGUCGUAAUAACGCUUGAUGAACGAAUAUGUAUAAGAAAUGACGCUUUAGAAACGUUUUAAUUUCUCAUAAAAAUGUGAUGCGUCUUAUACUGGCUGUAACCCUAUUUUUUGCAAGCAUAUACAUACGAUCAAUUUUAAUAAUUGCGAAUGUAAUUUAUAUCGUUCGUCUUAACUUUUAGAAUCGAUCCUUUUUUUCGAUAAUGUUUACAGUUAUUAAAUCAGGCCGCCCCGUACUCACGAGUUAGCGAUAAAUAUACAAAUAUAUUUAUGCCACACGUAUUGACAGUAAUCGUCGGUAUAUAAAGCUGCUAGAUGAUCGUAUGGUUGGUUUGAUUUUUAGACAAUUUGUAUGUUGAAUUAUCUAUCGCCACCAGUAGUAGAUAGCACGUUAUACCUACUUACAUGAUAUAUUAUCAGCGGCAAAUGGUUUUUGGUUGAUAAAUACUGUUGCAUUCGUACCGUAAAAAAAAAAAAAUUCGCAGGAUAUACGUAAAUAUAAUGAUACGCAUAGCGUGUGUACAAGAAAAUUUUAUUUCGAAUUUGUAUAGAAGUAACGAACAUCUGAAAAAAAAAAAAAAAAAAAAAAGAAAAGAAAAACGACGCACAUUUAUAAACAACGUAAUCGAUCAAUCGAAUUAUCAAUAAUAAUGUCGAUGUCCUUUUGAAAUUUUUUUCAUGAGUUCGUGCGUAGGUAUGUUAAAGAAAUGUUUUUGUACGAAAAAUCGUUGCAAAGUUUCUUUCGUUCGUAUUUUAUUUAAGAAACUGUUCUAGAAAAACAGGAAAAUAAUAAGAAAAAGCAAAAUAUGGAGCGAAUAAGAAAAUUAAGACAAUGUUACGAUCAAUCACAGUUUCACAAUGGCUAAACUUUUCAUACUUGCACGAACUUUUGAUAUCAAGAAAAGAAUUGCAUCAAUGUGAUCCACUUAUUUUUAAUAUCUAUGCGUCUUUUUAUUGCAUCCGCCGAACAAGACGGACUUGAGUCACGCGAUAUAGGUUAUGUUUACAAUGACGAGUCAAUCCGCCAAAUACCUAUUUCUUUUUGGGCAUCCGUUAUAUUAAACGUUAUAAAACGAUUGAUCGUCGAUAGAUAUAUUAAAUAAAAAUCUAUUGAAAGAAAGAAACAAAUAAACAAUAUUUACUAUUUGGAUCAUUGGAUCUUCUUUAGAAUGCUUCUUUGACGAUGAAUAGUGCCUAUACAUAUGUAAAUCGAAUGGAACGACCUAUGAAAGUAAUGUAUCGAAUCUAAAACAGGAACAUUACUCGUCGAAAGUUUCUCGAUACCUUAUUAUUGUAUAACAAUUGUUAUUUUGACAUUAUAGAUUCACAUAAGCUGUCGUUUGUAGCUACGCAUAAUAUAAUUAUACACGCGCCAUAGUCGUGACUGAGUUCCAAAAUGUUCGGCCUAGCUCAACAAGUCAGACUUACUAUUUGUUACAUUUGUUAAUUCAGAUGAGAAUCCCUAUGUUUUUCGUUGAUCUGUUUUCUUUUAUAAGCAUAAUAUUGUGAUUAUGCUUACUGAUAUAUUAUUAUAAAAAUGGUGUGUCACGUAUAAAAUCUUGUGACUGAAUAAUAUACAUUGACUAAAGACACGAUUUUACAUUCUAAUGAGAAUCGUAUCAGUAUUGUUUUUGUUUCUCGUAUAAUGAAGUUGUUAAUUUAUUGUCUUAGCGCUGAACGAUCAUUCUGUAUAUGUGCAAUGCAAUUUUGUUACCGAAUACAUUGAUGAUUAUCAAACAUUUGUAAAUAAAGAAUGAAAUUCUACACUA